AUGACGGACAGUGCAAUCCGAGACCUCCUGCAGCGUCGAUGGGGUCUUAAACCACCCACGUUGAUCAUAACCGUUUUUGGUACGGAUUUCGAGAAAAAACGCAAGCUGAAGAUGAUCUUCAAAAAGGGACUCUGGAAAGCCGCCGACAGUGGAUGCUGGAUAGUAACAGGAGGAUUUCAGUUGGGAAUAAUGAAACUAGCUGGUGAAGCAGUUCGCGACUACACGGAUGCCUACGGCGGAAAUAGGAUGCUGGCUUUUGGCAUCUCCAGUUGGGGAUGUGUCAAAAAGAACGACAUUCUUGAGGCCGCACUGGAGGAGGGAACCGCAGUCUACCAAUCAGAAGAGGACAAGGACUCGGACGCAGAGCAGAGUUCCACGACAGAGACCGCCACGGCCAACGCCACCACAGCGAGCAGCUUGAAGCGAACAGAUGUGGAGGAGUUGGCGCUCGAUCCGAAUCACAACUACUUUAUUUUCGCGGACACCGCGAAAACCGAUCACACGAAGGGUCGUGAGGCGGAGGUGCGAGCGCGCUUUGAACGCUGCAUCUCCCUGUGGAGCACCUCCACGCCCGAAACGGAGCCCCCGCUGUCAGCGAAUCGGCCCUCGCAGAGCGGUGGAGUCCGCAGCACCUCGGUGACGGCUGCCGAGCCCCUGGAAGACUACGCAACCACCCUCAAACGCAAGUCAACCAUCAAACGGCAGACUAGCGAGAAGACUGAAAGGCGUCCGCUUUCACGGUCAAGCUCAAAGUUUAAGGGCGGGAGCAGCGGUGGCGGUGCGGGUGGUGGAGGGGGCAGUGGAGGGGGAGCCGACGGGUCUGGUGAGGACGUGAGGAUACCCAUGUGCGGACUGGUGAUUGGAGGAGAUCGAUUUACGCUGCGUCAGGUCUACUGUUCCAUCAUGCAGAACCAAUGUCCGAUGGUUGUGGCCAAGGGGACUUCAGGCGCAGCCGAUGUCAUUGCGUUCGGUCUUGAGGCAGCCACGAAGAUGGAAACGGAGGAGAUUUUGGAAGACAAAGAGGCCAUUUCCCUGGAAACUAGACUGACCUCAGUGAUGGAGCAGUUUCUGCGGGAAAUGCACCCAGAUUACUACAAUUUCGCUGAGGAGGUCUCAAUGUUGCUAGAAAUAAUCACGGACUACGUCUCCUUGGUGCUUGUAUUCGACAUGGAAGAAGACGCUGACCUUGACGGAUACAUGAUCUCCUCGCUAUUGGCCAGUGCGGGAACAUCUACGCCACCGGACCAACUGAACCUCGAGCAACUAGAGAUCACGUUGACGCUGAAUCGGGCUGACAUAGCCAGGGAGAAGAUAUUUCUAGAGAACAAGCGCUGGAAGAAAGGCCAGCUAAAUGACUACAUGUAUCAGGCGCUGAUGGGAGAUCGACACGAUUUUGUGAAGAUCUUUCUUGAACAGGGCUUCAGCCUUGAGGAAUUCCUUACAGUCUAUAUGCUAGAGCGGCUCUACACGGAUCAGUUGAAAAAUAUGAGCUCCAAGGUUGCAAUUUUCAACAAAAUGUGGGAGUACCAUCGCUCACACCGACAAGCCUCAAAGGUUACGCUGCGCGACGUUGGCAAGGUGAUUAAAUCUCUCGUCGGUGACUUCUAUCAUCCUCUUUACUUGAGCAAGGAAUUCCAACAAAAACUGGCCCCCGAAAAACCGGAUUUGGCGGCAGUUCUCCCUAUGAAAUUCCAUAAGCCCCAGAAUCACAAUCGACGACCCGAUGGUGGUGGUGGAGGUGGUGGUGGUGGCGUUGUUAACUCCAGAAAUCAUCGUGAAGGUGGGUGUUAUCGGGACGGCGAUCAACUGACGAAGACGUCGACGUCGGCGUAUGACGCAGCAAACAGAUUCAAGUCGAUAACGAUUUGCCCCAACGUCCUGGGUCUCCACGAGCCUGUCUCCUUCAUCGAUUACAUCGACGAACGUAAGAAAAUUUGGGGAACAGUCACUUCCACUCAGCGAGGACGCAUGAGCCCCUCUAGUGCUCUCUCUCUUCCUCCCAUCGUCUCUGCAUGCAAUCCCAAGGUCAAGUACAAGGCGGCACCAGCGUUGAAGCAGGACAGCAAGAGCGUCGAGAACUAUCAGGGUUUGCUGCGAGAAACUUCACCCUCUCAACUGCUUUUUACUCCACCGAAAGACGACGAAGUUGGAGACGAAAGAACGCCGACAUUAGACACCGGCGACAACGUCUCGCCUGCAGACAUCAAACGCAGCUCCACGAAGACAACAACGCUGAGUCUGGAGCAGAAAACCGUGCUGGGCGAGGCGACCCCGAUGAUUGGGUCUGGAGACACGCAGAGCUGGGCUGAACGUCAGGCCUGCCGUCAGGACUCUGUUCCCUCGGAAGGCGAGUACGAGGUCGAAGAGACCAAAUCAAAAAAGAGCCGAUUCUCCGUCACGCACAUCGGAUUCGAUAAAGUGCGAUACGGACGUCACCAGAAACGUCGACUGUCAUUCGAGAAGAUGAAGGCCAUCCAAGUAGCGUCGGGACGAGGACAGCACUAUGGCAACCCGAAUUUCAUUGGCCGGCAACAUGUGGUGCUGCCCCACACCACUGCGGCAGCACCAUUGGCUGUUCACGAGCAGUCGUCGCGUCCAGCUCCCCUGAUGUUCCGCGAAAGCUCCAUAGAAUCGACCUACGAGUCCCAGCACGCCCAACAGCAGUCCAUUUCGGGGGAAGAGGAGGACGAGGAUGAUGACGAUGAUGAUGAGGAGGAGGAAGUGGGUCUCGGUGGGCACCUAAAGCGUCGACUCAUUGAAGUACUUCGACGAGGCACAGCCAAGGAAAACGAGAGUGGCCAUUUUGAGGGUCUUCUGCCCGGCAAUCUCCAGACGCUGAAGGCGGUGGCUGCCUUGGCGGCUGUUGCUGGAGGCAUGGGCGGUGGUGGCGGUCCUACGGACCCAGACAAGACUGCAGCUAAUGAGGAGGCACGAAUCAAACUUAUUCAGUUUGACAGACCAGCUCGUGAGCUACUAAUUUGGUCUGUUCUCGUGGGGAAGCUGCGCAUGUCCGAGUUAUUCUGGACAAUGGAGAAGGAGCCAAUAGCAGCAGCUCUUCUGGCUUCAAUUCUUCUUUCCGCGCUCAGCAACAAAACAGACGAUUUUACGGACAAAGAGGACUACAAGAACUACUCAAAAAGCUUCCAGGAGAAGGCGGAGGGCGUGCUCAACGAGUGUUACCGUGAGGACGAGCACCGAGCCCAGCUGAUCAUCAACCACGAGCUCGCCUACUACGGACACAGCUCGGUCAUCAAGCUGGCCGCCGAGGGCCAGAGCAUCAAGUUCAUGGCCCACCCCUGCUGCCAGGACUUCCUCACCAACACCUGGAAGGGAAACCUCUCUUCCAAGAACAGCAUGUUCAGGAUGAUGUUUGGCCUCAUUUUUGGCCUCACCAUGCCUCUCUUCAUUCCAAAAGUUCUUCUUUAUGAAACUGAAGAGAAACAGAACGAGAACGGGGAGGAGUCAAACGACAGCACAGAACAGAAGGACGAAGAUUUGAGUGAGGACAUUGAGUCUCGUGUUGCCGUGAAGAGGAGCCUAACCACCAGCAUCCAAGUAGGCGCAAUGGAAUUUUGGACGAAAAUAAAAGACUUCUACAUGUCGCCGAUUGUUCGUUUCGUCUACCACACGAUCUCCUACGUCCUCUUCCUUGUCAUCUUCAGCUAUCUCCUAUUGGUCGAUUUCAAGGUCAAAAUAACCGGAGUUGAGUACAUUGUUCUUGCAUGGGUAAUAACUCUCUUCAUCGAAGAAAUAAAACAGUCGGUAUUAUCAGGGAUCAGUUUCUCCACCUACAUAUCAGACGGCUGGAACAAGUUGGACUGUACAGGCCUGAUACUCUACAUAAUCGGGUUUACACUGCGGCUGAUAGUUCUGGCACGACUCGGAGAUUCACAGAUGAACAAUGACACCGAGGCAUUCCACAUCCUCACAGACCCAAUAAUGGACCCCUCGCGAAUAUGCAUGGCCUUCAGUCUGUUCGUCUUCUACAUUCGCCUCAUGUACUCCUUCAGCUUCCACAUUGCGUUGGGACCCAAACUCAUCAUGAUUGGCAAAAUGGUGAGUCAGUAA